CAACUUCUCUCCUGUCCGUUCCUCUUUCGAGAAUUGAAUACGGGAGACGUCCUCCAUUAAUUAAACCCCCAGCUGGUUCCGGAUUUUCUUGGAAAUUUGGCAAGUUUUGUCCAUGGUUUUAAUGGGUUGUUGCUCGUCCUUGGUGAAAUCUCCUCAAGGUGAGGGACUCGUCCUUUUUCAUCUCGUUCUCGGGGGAAGACGUGAACGGCCUCAUCAUCAUCGCCUUUGACGGGCGAGAAGAGUAGCUCACCACCAUUUCUUCCUUUCCGGGUUUUGAUCUGAUUGCCGAGAUAUGGGACGAGUGAUGUUAAAGUUUGAUUCUUGAACUCUGUCCUUUGCUUGAUCAGUAUCUUAGAGAGAACAAGAAGUGAGGAGAGUAUGGUGACAUAACAGAAGAGUAGUGGGUCGUGUUUGUAAUUUUUCAGCUAGAAAACUAGAGCCAUUUCUUGUGGUCUCGCAUUCUUAGUCAUGGAGAGUCCGGUUUUGUCGGCCUAGGCUCGUGAUUCGCUGGAUAAAAAUGGUCAAAUGCUGCAUUUGGAAAAGAAAAAAGCGUUUCACUUCCUUGUCACAUUUUGGAAUUUCUCAAGCCAUGGGGAGUCUUUGCACAGAAUUGGAUUUUUUGGUAUGGAGACAUCAAUCCGUCUGCCACAUGGGAUAUAUUCUACAACUAUGGAGCUCAAAGCCACUUAUGAUAUCGAGAAUAUGGGUUUGACGCCCGGGAUUCGGCAUGAACUCUGGCCAUUGGAUGAAAUAGAUCCUACAAAGGACAAAUUUCCAUGCUGUUUAGUUUGGACACCACUACCAGUAGUCUCAUGGUUGGCUCCUUUCAUUGGACAUGUUGGGAUUUGUCGGGAAGACGGAGUUAUAUUAGACUUUGCUGGUUCCAAUUUUGUGAAUAUUGAUAGCUUUGCAUUUGGCGCAGUGGCCAGGUACCUCCAACUUGACAGAAAACAGUGUUGCUUUCCAGCCAAUCUAGCUGAACAUACAUGUAAGUACGGCUUCAAGCACAGAGAAUACGGGGCUGCAGUUACUUGGGACGACGCCUUGCGAUCAAGCAUGCGCCACUUUGAGCACAAAACCUACAACCUCUUCACCUGCAACUGCCACUCAUUUGUCGCCAACUGUUUGAACCGUCUCUGUUAUGGCGGAUCAAUGGAAUGGAACAUGAUAAAUGUGGCAACGCUGGUGCUGUUUAAGGGCCAAUGGGUCAGUGUAAUGUCGAUCCUGAGAGCGUUCCUACCUUUCAUGUUGGUGCUUUGUUUGGGUUUAGUGCUGGUCGGAUGGCCAUUCAUAAUUGGUCUGUUCUCAUUCUCUAUGCUCCUUAUUGGGUGGUUUUUGUUGGGUAACUAUUGGCUUAAGUGGUUGAUAGACUGUUAAUAUCAUCUAUGUUGACCUAGCUUUAUAGAGGGAAGAAAAGAUAUAGGAGAUUCAGAGUAAAUUUCUCAUGUCCGCAGUUAAGGAUCAUGUGUUGGAUGGGUCUUUCUGGUUGUAUUGAUUAUCAGAUGACGAGGCCUUGUGAAGAACUGAAACUACUGUAUAGUUUGAUUUUUACAGCUGAAGCAAAGGUUACCAUCUUUUUUCGGAAA